CGGCGCCCCCCGCAACCCCGGGCGCCGCGCGUCUUGCCCGGCCUGCGGCCCCAGCCCCUGCGCCGCUCUCCCGACCCGCGAUCGCCUGCCAGACUGUGCCUCCUGGUUGUCCGGCCUAUCCGCGUGCGUCUGGGCCGGCCUCCUGGCCUUCUGUCCCCACUGGCCGGGCCAUGCCGAGUCGCCGUGUCGCCAGACCGCCCGCUGCGCCGGAGCUGGGGGCCUUGGGGUCUAAUGACCUCUCCUCGAUCUCACUGAGCGUUUCCAGGACCACAGAUGAAUUGGAGAUCAUCGACGAGUACAUCAAGGAGAAUGGCUUCGGUCUGGACGGAGCGCCCGGGCACGGCGAGGGGCAGCUGCGCCUGGUGUCCCGCGGGGCGGCCUCGCUGAGCACCGUCACCCUGGGCCCCUCGGCGCCGCCCGCCACGCCGCCGCCCUGGAGCUGCACCCUGGGUCGGCUGAUGCCGCCCGCGCCCGGGCCGGGCCCGCGGCCGCACCUGGUCAUCACGGAGCAGCCGAAGCAGCGCGGCAUGCGCUUCCGCUACGAGUGCGAGGGCCGCUCGGCCGGCAGCAUCCUGGGCGAGAGCAGCACCGAGGCCAGCAAGACGCUGCCCGCCAUCGAGCUCCGGGAUUGUGGCGGGCUGCGGGAGGUGGAGGUGACCGCGUGCCUGGUGUGGAAGGACUGGCCCCAUCGGGUGCACCCGCACAGCCUCGUGGGGAAGGACUGUACAGACGGCGUCUGCAGGGUGCGACUGCGGCCUCACGUCAGCCCCCGGCACAGCUUUAACAACCUGGGCAUUCAGUGCGUGAGGAAGAAGGAGAUCGAGGCGGCCAUCGAGCGCAAGAUCCAGCAGGGCAUCGACCCCUACAAUGCCGGCUCCCUGAAGAACCACCAGGAGGUGGACAUGAACGUGGUGAGGAUCUGCUUCCAGGCCUCCUACCGGGACCAGCAGGGACAGACGCGGCGGAUGGACCCUGUGCUCUCCGAGCCGGUUUAUGACAAGAAAUCCACGAACACAUCCGAGCUGCGGAUCUGCCGCAUCAACAAGGAGAGCGGGCCGUGCACGGGGGGCGAGGAGCUCUACCUGUUGUGUGACAAGGUGCAGAAAGAGGACAUCUCGGUGGUGUUCAGCACAGCCUCCUGGGAAGGCCGGGCCGACUUCUCCCAGGCCGACGUGCACCGCCAGAUUGCCAUCGUGUUCAAGACGCCGCCUUAUGAGGACCUGGAGAUCGUGGAGCCCGUGACUGUCAACGUCUUCCUGCAGCGGCUCACGGACGGGGUCUGCAGCGAGCCGCUGCCCUUCACCUACCUUCCUCGGGACCACGACAGCUACGGUGUGGACAAGAAGCGGAAACGGGGGCUGCCCGAUGUCCUCGGGGAGCUGAACAGCUCUGACCCCCAUGGCAUCGAAAGCAAACGACGGAAGAAGAAGCCAGUCUUCCUGGACCACUUCCUGCCCAGCCACGGCCCAGGCCCGUACCUCCCGCCCUCAGCCCUGCUGCCAGACACAGAAUUCUUCCCCGGUACCGUGUCCCUGCCCGGCCUGGAGCCUCCCUGCGAGCCUGACCUCCUGGAUGACAGCUUUGCCUAUGACCCCACGACCCCCACGUUCUUCACCAUGCUGGACCUGCUGCCCCCAGCGCCGCCACUUGUCAGCUCUGUCCCCGCCAGCGGGGGUGCAGGGGUCGCAGUCGGGGAGCCCCCUGGCCCCGAGCCACUGACGCUGGACUCCUACUCAGCCGCCGGCCCGGGGGACGGAGGCACCGCUAGCCUCGUGGGCAGCAACAUGUUCCCCAAUCAGUACCGCGAGGCAGCCUUCGGGAGUGGCCUCCUUUCCCCGGGGCCUGAAGCCACGUAGCCCGCGGCGCCAGAGGAGAGGCACUAGGUGGGGAGUAGCUGGAGGGACCCUGCGAACACGGCCAAGGGUCGGUCCAACGCCCCCAUCCUCCUGGGCCCUUGGUCAGCCUUCGACCUCGGUAUCUUAAUCGGACAUCCUCAGCGUGGCGAGAAGCUCGGCAGCACUGGUCUCCCCUUGAUCUUAUUUUACAAAAGAGAAAACGGAGUCGGGAGAGAGAAAGGGGCGCGGCCCGGGUGAGACGCCCACCCGUGGGGGGUACCUUCUCUGGACAUAUCCCGAAAAUAAACUCUACAGGAGUAAGGAGGCAGACCGGCGGCCCCUCCCCAGACCUGACAGUG